AAUAGUUCUUCACAUUCUUGGGUUGCUCAUUCCCUUUGGUUAGUAAAGAAUUGCGGCUCGCCUUGUCACCUUAAAUAUUGCUCUUAUCCCUGUAAAUUUCCCUUUACUCUCUUUCAUCCUUCAUUCCUUACCUCUCUUCUCGACUUGCUCAUUCCAUUUGUUGGAAUAGAAACACAUUCUCAUUUUUUUUUUCCUUCUUCCUUCCUUUCUUUUCUUCCUCUUACUUUCAGCCCCGCCCCCACUCCCACUUUACUCUACUGCUGGAAGGAAGAACAAAACUAUUGCUGCGUUCUUUAUAUCAUAGAUCACCAACUAUAGAAAGCCAAUUGUACUAUAUACCCUACGAAAUUUGAUUUUUAUUUUUUUUAUUUUUGAUACAAUAUUGUUUUUGAACCUUCUCUAUUGGGAAACAAUUCACAAUGGAUCCCAAGUCAGACAGUGCUCGUCUGCGUUUGGAGCAGCUUACCAGGACCCUGUCGCAUUCAGCGGACUAUGUUAUUGAGGAGAAUCCAAAUCGAUUUGGAGGGUUGAUCAUCUCUGCUACCAAGAACUAUUCUGAUUCUAAAGAUGGCUAUGGUGAAGUCCGCAUUGGCGAUGUCACAGUUGCUGUUAGUCCUGCUUUGAACCCUGAGUUUGUACCAAACUAUGAUCAACCUCUCUUUGAAGAUUCACAGGAAAUCCUUCGUCACCUUAGAUGGAUGAUGCAAAAGGAUAAGUUACGACAGGAUAUGUUCUUGAUCGGGCCACCUGGUCAUCUUCGACGCUCUAUUGCUCUCAAGUUUGCAGAAUUAACGAACCGUGAGGUCGAGUAUGUUCCGUUGUCCAAGGAUGUGACAGAGAGUGAUCUGAAACAGCGCCGUGAGAUUGUUGGGGGCACUGCCUAUUACGUCGAUCAGGCUUGUGUUCGAGCAGCAACUGAAGGGAGAAUCUUGAUUCUGGAUGGUAUUGAGAAAGCUGAGCGCAAUGUCUUGCCUGUGCUCAACAACUUGUUGGAGAAUCGGGAGAUGGCACUCGAGGACGGCCGAUUCCUUGUCAACCCAAAGCGAUUCGAUAUGUUAGUGAAGGAGGGCGGACAGUCUGCGAUUGGUACCAUGGAAAAGCACAAAUUGGUCAAGGUCAGCAAUGACUUUACCGUGAUUGCUUUGGGUCUCCCAGUCCCUCAAUAUGUGGGUCAUCCAUUGGAUCCGCCACUUCGCUCUCGUUUUCAAUCUCGUGAUGUUAAGGCGCCAGGAUUUGAGUCGCAAAUGCACCAACUAAAGGCUCUAGCACCUCAUUUACCACAGGAUAUGCUUGAACGUUUGCUUUCAGUCUCCAUGGUCUUGGGUUCUCAGCACUAUCAAAACCUCGGAAGUGACUCUUCUACAGCAGCCAUGACCAAUCAAGUCGCCAUCCCCGAGUUCCCAGUAUCGAUUGAAAACGCAAUCAAGCUUCUCAACAAUUUCCAGGAUACUCAACCUCGCUAUGUACUGGAUCUUGUCUAUCCCUGGCCAUUGUUGCCUACCUGUGAGGCCGAACAGCGCAGUUUGAUCGAGUCAACCUAUCAGCGAUUCGGUGUGCUAGGACUGGGCCGUGACGACGAAGGCUUUGAUCAGGAUCAAGGAGCAAUUAUUCGUCAGUGCGAUUCUACUUACAAGGUUCUCGACAUUGCGCGAUCCGGACCUACUACUGCACAUGCAACCUUUGAGCACACCUCCGGCAAGAAAACCACGGUAGAAUUGCAUUGCGGGCCUUAUCCAUUCGAGCCAGCAGAGUACUUUGUGGAGACUCCUUACCACAUGUCAACGCUUGUCGGUAUGCUUAUGGCCCACUCUGUUGGAGACUUUUGUGUGAUUGGGUCCAAAGGUGUGGGAAAGAGUGCAUUGAUGAGACAUUUCGGCAAGAACCUUGGUUACAAGGUCGAGUUUAUUCCUCUUUACAAAGACAUGUCGUCACGCGAUCUUUUGCAGCGCAGAAGCACUACCUUCUCUGGUGACACUAUCUGGGAGAAUUCUGCCCUUGUAAAAGCCGCCAUGUCUGGAGCCUUGGCUGUGAUGGAUGGUAUUGACACAUUGUCGUUUGGAACCAUGGUUUCGUUACAGCGUUUGAUUCAUGAGCGUGAGACAGCUAUGCCGGAUGGCCGUAAGCUCCUCCGCCACUCCCAUUAUGAUCAAUUGCAAGCCAAGUAUGGAUGGAGUCAAAAGGAGAUGGAGAAGAAGGGACUUUUGCGUAUUUCACCUUCAUUCCGUAUCGUGGCCCUGGCUAGACCAGUGUCAAGCGGAACAGAGGGCGGAAAGCCUGGAUCUUGGUUAUCUCCAGAGAUUGUCAAUAUGCUUCAAUUUGUCACUGUUCGACCUCUUUCUUUGCAAGAAGAGACACAGCUUCUGGAGACUUUGUCGCCCGGUGUUUCGCCCGAGAGCUUGAGCCUAUUGCUCAAGUUAGCGAACCAUCUUCGAAACUCGCCUGAUGAGACCAUCAAAACUCUUUCGUCUGCAAUGUCAACUCGUCAGUUGAUCCGUAUUUGUCGUCGCUUGGCUGUUUUCCCUAACGAGAGUCUCUAUGAUUCUGUCCAUAAAGUUUCCCUCUCACGAUUCUUGCCUUCAAUCGCUAGAGAUGCAUUGAAUCAGCUCCUUUCCACAAAUGGAAUCAUGCCAAAGGCUAAACCAUACAAGGCAAACGAACUUGAGAUUCAGGUCCUUCCUAGUAGAGAAAACCCUCAGUCACUUCGUAUUGGGCCUAUUCAGGAACCCGUCCGGCAAGAUUCAAAUCCAGUGUUGAUCCCCAACAUUGUCUUUCAUGAGAACCCUAAACAGACCGAAAUUCUGAUGGAGAUGCUCAAGGAUUUCCAACUGGGUGAGCAUUUGUUAUUGAUUGGUAAUCAGGGUGUUGGUAAGAAUAAGCUAGCAGAUUACUUCCUUCAGCUCCUCAAGCUUCCUCGAGAGUACAUUCAGCUGCAUCGCGAUACCACAGUACAAAGCUUGACGGCUACACCAUCGAUCGUGGAUGGUGUGCUACAAUAUGAAGACUCUCCGUUGGUCAAAUCUGUUCGUGAUGGGUAUAUUCUGGUCAUUGAUGAAGCUGACAAGGCGCCGACGUAUGUGACCAGCGUGAUCCGUAAUUUGUUGGAAGAUGGUCAGAUGGUCCUGAGCGAUGGUCGUCGUAUUGUCUCCAAGCCCACGGAAGGAGCCAAUGAAGUAGAGAUUGUGAUUCAUCCAGAUUUCCGUAUGAUCGUUCUGGCGAAUCGACCUGGCUUCCCUUUCCUCGGAAACGAUUUCUUCCGAGAAGUGGGCGAUGUCUUCAGUUGUCAUGCUGUCGACAAUCCUGAUGCAGAGUCAGAAAUGUUUUUGCUUCGCAAAUAUGGACCAGAUGUUCCGGAGGAGCUAUUGUUGAAGUUGACAGCAGCAUUCGAAGACUUGCGUGUAUUGGUGGACGAGGGUUUAUUGUCAUACCCAUACUCGACUCGUGAGCUAGUCAAUGUUGUCCGUCAUAUGCAGCUAUAUCCCGAGGAAGGCAUUUCACGUAUUCUCCAAAAUGUGUUUGACUUUGAUCAGUAUGAUGCAGACUCGAAGGAGAUGCUGAUCGAGACCUUCCAGAAGCAUGGUAUCCCUGUGGGUCUCGAGUCCGAGUUUACAAUCCAACUUGGUAAGCAGAUUGAGGUGAGCGAGCCUUUGUUGACUGAGACUUGGAAGAAAGCAACAGAUUCUCGCUCUAUGGAGUGCAACGUCAAGUCCCAGCCAAUUGUAUUCCGAGGAGGCUGGAAUGUGACACCAGGCGUGGCCCGUGAUCUGGAAAGAUCUGAGGGACGAUCUGUUGUUUUUUCGGAGCAACUGUAUCACUUCAAGAUUCCAACACGGGGAGAGGCCUUGGAUAUCGUUUCAUCCGAGAAGGGUAACCUGUAUGCGAUCUCGACCAAUCCCGUGACGCUCCAUUUUAUUGAUGCUGCCCAUCGUACUGUCAGGAGUGCGGAUAUGUAUGAGUACUUCCCUCUCCAGAAGGCGCCACCACGGUUGCGUUUGGCUCUUGUGCAGACACGUGUGGGUGGGCGAUUUUUAUGUAUGCACAACCCGAGUGAUAACUCGUUCCUGUCUCUGGAUACGGACAAGAGCUCGAUUGUGUCCGUGAUGUUGAAUGGUCUAGCGCCUGUGGCAUCGUUAAUGGACAAGUCUUUGGCAAACCAAGGAUACAUUGCGUUCUUCCAAGAGAACCGAGCCAACGUUGUGGUUGUGGAUUUCAACUCGGGAACUCAAUACAUAGUGGAAUUGCCGAUCCAGAUUGCAGCGUUUUAUAUGAUUGAUGUGCACUUGUGGUUGGUCAGGGACUGUCAGAAUUCAGAUUAUUAUUUGGUGUAUGCAGCAAACAACAGCAGUACGUCCGCACCUGUGCCAGACCGUAUCCAACGGGUAUCAGUGACUGGUAUGGGAGCAAAGGCGAAGCAUCGUCUGACCUAUGUCUCUCCUCCUGUGGUUGAGCCAGGCAAGAGUAACAGCGAUAUUCUUCGUAUGCUUCACACUACGAAUGAUAGUGUAGUGAUGGCUAUGACCAAGAACAUGGAGCACAUUGUCCGUAACCAGGACCCUGAGGCUGCUAUGGAUGUGUUUUCGUUUAUGCGACCUCUUGCGGACGAAAAUAUUCGAAAUAUGUAUUCAAAUCUUCAGAGUGCUUCAUUGUACAUGAGCAAGACUCAACAGAUGGCAAAGAUUAUCCCUUCGCCUAGCGGAAAGAAUGAGGGUCAUUUGGAGCUCUUUUCGCCCUCUGAGCGUCGUAUCUGGCGUGUUCUGAUCCCACUAUCGAUCCCAGUGACGAGCACGUUACGUGCAGAUGCACCUAUGACGGGAUUCAAGGGUGUGCAACAAGAUCGGAUUGUAGCUUCGAUGACUGAACUUGUGGAUGGAUCACUUUUGACAAUGGAUAACUCUGGGUUUGUCCGUGUCUGGCAGAUUGAUGCUGCAGACCUUUUCCAGUCUGCCAGUACAUGGAAGAAAUUGGUGGGCACUCUAGAUUCACGCACGCUGGCGAUCCUUUACAAGGAUGAGCAAGGGCGCUAUGUAAAUGCAAAUGGGGAAUUAGUUGGGCCAGAUGGUAAAGUUAUCGUUGAUGGAGAAGGUGAACUACCUCCUGGUAUGGACAGUGUAGGAGGGGACUCUGACGGUGGCAGUAGUGGUGGAGGAGGUGGUGGUGGUGGUGGAGGCGGUGGCGGUGGAGGAGGGGAUGGAGAUGGAGAUGGAGGUGGUGAAGGAGACGGGAACGGAUCUGGAUCAGGAUCUGGAGUGCGCACUGGUGCCCCAGUGGAAGGUCGCAAGCCGAAUUUUGACGAUGUCUCUAAACUCGAUAUUCGUACCACUGCGCCUCCUCCAAAGAUGAUCUCAGAUGCUCAGAUGGAGAUGCACAAUAUGACGAUGCGCAAACACCUCGAGUCGAUGAACAUGACGACGGCGGAUGCGAAACUUUAUAUGGCAUAUAUGGAGAACGUACAGCGCGAGAUCCGAGAGCUCCGAGUGAUUUUGGAGUCGAUCGAGGCCAAGAACAAGGAGCGGGUGUGGCUUAAGAAUCAAAGUUCGGGAGAUCUGGACGAUACAAAGCUCAUCGAGGGCUUGACGGGUGACCACAACAUUUACAAGCUUCGAGGGGACCAAGACCCUGAGAUGGGAUUCCAGCAAAAACCCAAGAAGAUGUACUUUGUGUUUGAUCUAUCAGCCAGUAUGUUCCGUUUCAACAACCAUGACGGACGUCUUGAGCGUUCUAUGGAGGUCGCAUUGAUGAUUAUGGAGUCGUUCCGCAACUUUGAGCACAAGUUUGAGUACUCGAUCAUUGGGCACUCGGGUGAUUCGCCCAACUUGGAGUUUGUGAAGCCAGGGCGGUAUCCCAAGUCGGAGAACGAGGUUUUCAAGGUGAUUUCACAGAUGAGUGCUCAUUCACAAUACUGUCUUUCUGGAGACAAUACGCUUUCGGCCACGUCAAUGGCGAUGCGUGAGAUUGUGAAGGAAGAUGCAGAUGAUUAUAUUGUGGUGGUGCUAUCGGAUGCCAACAUUGGACAGUACAAUAUCAAACCCGAGGACCUUGCACGCAUUCUUCGAUCGGAUGAUAGGGUGACAUCGUCAAUGAUCUUUAUUGGAUCAUUAUCGGAUCAGGCAGAGAAACUGAAGGGCGCGUUGGGAUCGCAUGCACAUGUCUGCAUGGAUACAAAGGAGCUGCCUCAGAUCAUCAAGUCGAUUUUCUUGUCAUCUAUGGUUAAAUAAGUCGGUUAUGAAGAAUAGAAUCGAAUAGACAUUAUAGAAAACAUAUGCAUUACACAGACAAUGUU